UGUGAGUCUGAAUUGGGACGUUUGUAAGUAAGCAAGCCGGUUGUUCGGCAGUCGAGGAGGAGUCGUGUCUUCCUUCCAAAUGGAGUUGUUACACCAGAGAUAGACCGAAUAAUCCCACCACCCAGUUUACUGAGUGGCCUAAAGAAACCUGGCCAUGGGUGACACGGAGCUGGAGCUUUCCCCUUCCCAGCUGGAGGAGCUGCAGAAAAGCCCAUCAGCCUCCUCUACAUCCACUACCUCGUCACUCUCUCUGCCCUCCUCCCCAUCAUCUGGUCCACGGGCAUUCACUAGUUCCAGCCCCAGUGCCAGUGAAAGCCUGCCAGCUUCUAGUCCUCCACUGGACGUCAUUUCCGAGGGUGUGAAUGAGCUGAGCCUGGUCAUUGAUACUGAGGUGGCGAAGAAAGCCUGCCAAGAGGUUCUGCAGAAGGUCAAGCUUCUCAAAGGUGAUGGAGAAAUGACUCCAGCUGCUGUUGAGCCCACGCUGGUGAAUGGGACUGCGCACACUGAUCCUUCAGAGAGAGACAGUGGAGGAGUAGGACAGCCCUCAAAGACAAAUGAGGAUGAGCCUCCGCCAGGUACAGUGAAGAGCGCCCGACGGCGGCAGAAGAACAACUCCUCCAAGCAGUCGUGGCUUUUGCGGCUGUUCGAGUCAAAGCUUUUUGACAUCUCAAUGGCCAUUUCCUAUCUGUACAAUUCCAAGGAACCAGGAGUGCAGGCCUAUAUUGGCAACCGACUCUUCAGUUUCCGCAACGAGGAUGUGGACUUCUACUUGCCCCAGUUACUUAAUAUGUACAUCCACAUGGACGAAGAUGUGGGCGAUGCUAUUAAGCCCUAUGUGGUGCAUCGCUGUCGUCAGAGCAUCAAUUUCUCCCUGCAGUGUGCCUGGCUGCUGGGGGCCUACUCCUCUGACAUGCACAUCUCUACGCAGCGCCACUCGCGUGGCACCAAGCUGCGUAAGCUUAUCCUGUCAGAUGAGCUCAAGCCCGCCAGCCAGCGCAUACGCAGGGAGGUCCUGCAGCCUCCCCCGCCCUGCCCCCCUCCCCUUCACCAUGGGCAGGGCCUGAGCGAGCACAGCCUCUCGCCCUCCAAACGCACUCACCAGCGCUCCAAAUCUGAUGCCACUGUCAGCAUCAGCCUCAGCAGCAACCUGAAGAGGACAGCCAGCAACCCUAAAGUAGAGAGCAGUCAAGAUGAGGACAUGAGCUCCAGCUCCGACAGUCUCGAGUUAGAGGCUGGUACCCCUGUACGCCUGACUCCUCAGAGGGAGUUCAUUAAGUCUUUGAUGGGGAUCGGGAAGAGACUGGCCACUCUGCCCACCAAAGAGCAGAAGACACAGAGACUUAUCUCGGAGCUGUCACUGCUCAACCACAAGCUGCCCGCUCGAGUCUGGCUGCCCACGGCAGCUUUUGACCACCAUGUGGUGCGGGUACCACACACGCAGGCUGUCGUGUUAAAUUCGAAGGACAAGGCACCGUACUUAAUCUAUGUAGAAGUUCUGGAGUGUGAAAACUUUGAGACCUCAAGUGUACCAGUGAGGAUCCCAGAGACACGAAUCCGCAGCACACGCUCUGUAGAGAAUCUUCCAGACUGCGGCAUCACGCCUGACCAGCGCGCCAGCAGCUUCUCCACCGUACCCAACUAUGACAAUGAUGACGAAGCCUGGUCUGUGGAUGACAUAGGAGAGCUACAGGUUGAGCUGCCUGAGAUCCACACUAAUAGCUGUGACAACAUUUCCCAAUUCUCAGUGGAUAGCAUCACCAGCCAGGAGAGCAAAGAGCCCAUUUUUAUUGCUGCCGGAGACAUCAGGCGGCGUCUCUCAGAGCAGCUUGCCCACACCCCAACUACAUUUAAGAAGGACCCAGAGGAUCCCUCAGCAGUAGCCUUAAAAGAACCCUGGCAGGAGAAAGUUAGACGAAUCCGGGAGGCCUCUCCCUAUGGGCAUCUGCCUAACUGGCGUCUCCUCUCAGUAAUAGUGAAAUGUGGUGAUGAUCUAAGACAGGAGCUCCUUGCCUUCCAAGUCCUAAAACAGCUGCAGGCAAUCUGGGAGCAGGAGCGAGUCCCCCUGUGGAUCAAGCCCUAUAAAAUCCUGGUCAUCUCUUCUGACAGCGGUAUGAUUGAGCCAGUGGUCAAUGCUGUGUCCAUUCACCAAGUGAAGAAGCAGAGCCAGCUCUCACUGCUCGACUACUUCCUACAGGAACACGGCAACUACACUACAGAGGCCUUCCUUACUGCUCAGCGCAACUUUGUGCAGAGUUGUGCUGGCUACUGUCUCAUCUGCUAUCUGCUGCAGGUUAAGGACAGGCACAAUGGGAACAUCUUGCUCGACUCAGAGGGUCACAUCAUUCACAUUGACUUUGGGUUCAUUUUGUCAAGCUCUCCCAGAAACUUGGGCUUUGAGACGUCUGCCUUCAAACUGACCAAUGAAUUUGUAGAUGUCAUGGGAGGUCAAGAUGGAGACAUGUUCAACUAUUACAAGAUGCUUAUGCUUCAGGGCCUCAUUGCUGCACGCAAGCACAUGGAGAAAGUCAUUCAGAUUGUAGAGAUCAUGCAACAAGGCUCUCAGCUGCCCUGCUUUCACGGCUCCAGUACCAUCCGUAACCUGAAGGAGCGUUUCCACAUGAGCCUGACGGAAGAACAGCUGCAGGUGCUGGUGGAGCAGAUGGUGGAUGGCUCCAUGCGCUCCAUCACCACCAAGCUAUAUGACGGCUUCCAGUACCUCACCAAUGGCAUCAUGUGACCACAUGCAGGAGUGCUGAAGUCCUCCGUUGUCGGACUAGAAUGUUUGGAACUGGAAAAGGCUGCACCACUUUGAGAAGCCACUCCUGAACCUUUUCCCAACCUUUCCCCAUCUGCCAUCCCAGCGUGUUUGUACAGCCAGACUGAGUUUUGAUCAUAGAUUUUAUACCCUGACUGAAGAGCUCUCAGCUGUGAAGUUUCGCUUUGUCGUCGUCCCCCUCAAUAGCUUUCCCCCAAUUCUCCUCUCGCCGUUUCAUGUUGUGUUGCAUUUCUCUGGAUAUCCUUUUGGAAUCUUAUUCUAUCCAGUAUCCUAGUGCCUCAUUCGAAACAUUAGGCUGAGGCUCAACUCUGCUUUGACUCGCUGCUUUUGUACUCUUCCAUGUGCUGUGUUACUUCCUGUCUUAAAUUCCUGCAUAUUCCUGAGCUGUUUUGUGUCUGUAUCACUAAUGCUUUCUACUUUGAGUGAACUAUCUACAAUAUAUGUUCACAAAUGCAUAUAAUUCAGUCACUGCUGAGACAUGAGUAAUGGACAAACCGAGUGAGUAAUGCAUUAAGGAAUGUGCAGUGUGUAGUAUGAGGAAGAUGGUGGGUAAACAGCACCAGUGGGUUCUCCAGUUUUGUCAGUGUUAUUUUCAGCUACAGUUUCAGAGAAGCACACAUUUCUCACAAAUAUGAACUUAACUGCUAAGAUUUCUGGCUUUUGGUUGAGGGACUCUGUGAACAGGCUCUACGGGACUUCAUAAACUGUUAUAUUGGCCAUAUUUCACCUUCCAAACAUACCUGGAACCCCUUUUAUUCAAUUGCAAGAUUGAUACUCAACUGCCAGCCUGAUGAAAAUUGCUGACGCACUAAAGCAUGAAUAUGGUACAACUCCAAAUUUUGCUAGUUUCAUUUGGUUUGAUUCAGUUCAGGGAGUGCGGAAGUUUACUUAAAGUCCAAUUCUAACCUUUUUAAGUAUUACAGUGUGAAACAGAAGAGCGAGAGGCAAAAAACACUAUUUAUUGCCCAUUUACAGCUACAUGCAUACUUACAUGACAUGUCUGACUUGCUUUUUUUGUAUUUUGUUUGUUCGUUAUAAUUGUUUUGGGCAGAGAUAUUAUCAAAGAUGCCCUCAUCUGUACAGGUGUUCAUACCCUGAAUUUAAAACUUUCAAAAUGUGCAUGGACUCUUCUCUAGUCAGGAUGAGCUGUGUAUAAAUACGUUCCUUUGCCACUGAGCAUCUGUAUUAUUUUAACUGGAGAGGGGAGCUUCAGAUGGGGUAAGAUUGACAGUUGUAUGAAUGAGCUGAUCAGAUGACAGUAAGAGAGAGAAAAAAAAAUGCAAGGGCUACAAAUAAGUGGAUGAAAUCAGUGGAUUGUUUUAGUUUUAGGUUAUUAAACCAGUAAAUGCACAGGUUUAAGAUUAAAACUGGUUUAAGAGGUAUUUUUAUUAUUGAAACGGGAAAAAAGCCCCAUUUAACAGGACUUGUUUUCCUAGUAGGCUAACAAUUUUAAUUCACCUUUUUAGUGAAAGCCCAUUUCUCGCAAAUUAUUUGGACAUGGUUGAGUAAGCCGUUUAGGAGUUUGUGUAUCUUUCUCGUUACCAUUUUAUACUACUUUUUGUUUGUGUGUCUGACCCUUUUCUUUCCUUUGUAACUUGUUAGACGGACCAGCUCUUACGAUCACGUGAAUGACCUCCCUUAACUUGUGAAUGUCCCUUUGUAUAAUAAAUUAAAUGUAUCUGUUUCA